AUGGAGGCCAUCAUCUCCCUGCGAACAUAUCUAAUCGGCAAUCGUUUCACUAACAAAACCUUCCCGGGGCUAGUGCCUCACAUACAGUAUCACUUGUGCAGGUCAAGCACAAACAUGCUCUUGAAAAUUGAGAACCAACUACUUCAGAGACACCGUCAGCGCGAAACCACCGGGAUCAAGAAACUAUAUAAUUCGUUCUUCGUUCUCUUUUAA